AUGGAUUGGCUAAGGUCAAAGGUUAGUGGAAAAAGAAACAGAUUUAAAGACGAAGAUUACAAUCUGGAUAUUACCUAUAUCACAGAUCGAAUUCUAGCUAUGUCUUUCCCCGCCUCAGGGUUUGAAAGAUGCUAUAGGAAUAACAUAAAUAGUGUCUCCAGGUUUCUUGAUCAAAGACAUCCUGGGAAUUAUAAAAUUUAUAAUCUGUCAAACAGGACUUACAAUUUCAAUAAAUUUAAAGGUGAAGUUGUAUCAUAUGAGUGGGAGGAUCAUCAUGCUCCCCCAAUUCUUCUGCUCUUCAGAAUUUGUUACGAUAUGUAUAAAUACCUACAAAAUCCUAAUAAUGUGAUCGUUGUUCACUGUAAUGCUGGAAAAGGAAGGACUGGCACUAGUAUUUCAUGAUUCCUGAUCUAUUCUGGGUUAGCUCAGAGUUCCCAAGACGCUAUCCGGUAUUAUGGAAGAAAAAGAUUUAGCACUGGUCUUGGCAUUACACAGCCCAGCCAAAUCAGAUAUGUCCGAUAUUUUGAGUUAGUGUAUAAGGGUAUUGUUAUCUCACCUUCAUUAAUGGUAAUUAAGCAAAUCAAAAUGAAGACAAUUCCACAUAUGAAUGGCAAGUCUUGUAAACCAUUCAUUGAGCUCCACUCGUUAAGCAAGAUGAGCAUGUUUUAUACUGGAAAGAAUGAUAAUUUAAGGACUUAUAAGGAUAAAGCAGACAAGAGGAAGGGAUCUCGAAUGCUGAAGAACCAUCGAACUGAUCCAUACGUCAUAAUAAAUCAACCUCCCGAUUUGUCAAAAACUCCUCGGACAGAGAGUGUAAUGGAAGAAAGUAAAUUUAAGGUUUCUCCUAAAUUAGAGAGGAAAUACAUCAGUGUUGGGCUCGGCUCUCUAGAUGACCUUGAAUCUAAACAGAUGAAUUUUCUGGUUCCUCCUAAAGAAAGCAAACAAGUGAUAUUUGAUCUAGAACCUGCUGAGAAUAUUGAAGAUGAGGAUGAUGAUACUGUAAUUAUUCCUCAGAGAGUUGACCAACUGGUGGCCGGUGAUAUUCUGUUAAAAAUUAAGCACAAAGGAAAUUUUUCAAAUCCACUAGUGUGUAGAAUUUGAUUCAAUACCGCCUUCGCUUAUGACAACAUUAUGAAAUACACUAUAAAAGAUGUUGACCCAGUCUCUCUACGUAAGAACGAUAAAUUUGAAGAAGACUUUGCAAUUACUCUAGUCAGCGAACCAUUUUGUAAAAAGUGCACAUCUCAGACACCAAUGGAAGAAUUCUGAAUAAGUUGCCAAACCAAUCUAGAAAAAGAAAUCAGGAGAUGGAAGAAGAUUCAUAAGAUUAUUGAGGUCCACAAGAGUAAAUACUCUGUUCUCCUGAACUACUCUGCUGCUUCAGAGAUGCAUUUCUGCCAUUCUAACUACGAUGACUUUAAUGAAAUAUUAAAGAGAGAUAGCUGAUACAGAAAGCAAUCUUUCAGAUGGUCUAAAGCCACAUGCAGCAUGGAACAGCUUAUUGACAACAGUGAUUCUGAAGAUAGUCAAGGCUCAGGCAGCGAAAAAGAUAAUCAAUGAGAAAAGGAAUUUGAUAAUCAGAUAUUCACCGAAAAUAUUGGAGAAGCUAUUGAUCAAUACAACGAAGUCUGACUCACUAAGGUCAAGUCUCAGGAUCCUGACUUGUUAGGGGAGUUCGAAUUUACACAAGAAAUAUCUAGGAAAUAAGACAAGGACUACUUUUAAAGACGAUGCAGAUCAAUUUACAUCAUAUCAGAAGGACGAGCGGUUAAUGAAAGAGUAUGUAAUUGAUAAAGAAAUAAUGGAGCCUGUGAAAUUAAUAGUUUCAACUCCUGCUUCUGCUCCAAGCCAGAAUGGAAGCAAGAUAGAUACAAAUGAGCUCAAAGCCACUACUCAAACAGAACAGAUUCUCGAAAAGAUUGAUCGAGGAGAUAACUUUUUCGAUAUGAUACAUGAAGAAUACAAGAAGGCAGAGAAAAGACCUCGGAACUGAAUAGUCCAAAAGAAAAGGAUCAACUCAGGAAGACCUAGCAAGACCGCUGCACAGCAUUUGCCUAUCUUCCCUACUCACAGCAAGCGUUCCUCAUCAAGCAACCCUGAAGAAGCUAAUAGAGUGUCUGAUUAUUUUUUGAGGGAAGAUUUUAUAAAUGAAGAAUAGUUUUA